CUUGCUGGAGCGGCAACAUGAGGCAACACUGUGCGCUCAAACAUGGAAUAUUCAAGGAAUUCCUGGCAGAAUUCCUUGGGACUUUUGUCUUAGUUUUAUUUGGCUGCGGCUCGGUCGCUCAGACUGUCUUGAGUCGAAACACGCUGGGGGAGCCCAUCACUGUCCACAUCGGCUUCUCCGUGGGCCUCAUGAUGGCCGUGUACGUGGCUGGUGGAGUGUCAGGGGGCCACGUGAACCCCGCUGUCUCUCUGGCCAUGGUGGUUUUGGGCAAACUGAAGAUCUGGAAGUUUCCCUUUUAUGUCAUCGCUCAGUUUCUCGGUGCUUUUGCUGGAGCUGCUGCAGUCUUUGGAUUGUACUACGAUGCUUUCAUGGAGUUCACGAGUGGGAUUCUGUCGGUGACAGGAAUCAACGCAACAGCUCAUAUUUUUGCCUCGUACCCUGCGAGACACCUGUCAGUUCUUGGCGGCUUCAUUGAUCAGGUUGUGGGGACAGGCAUGCUGGUUCUGUGUAUUCUUGCUAUCAUUGAUGGUGGAAACAUUGGAGCUCCUAAAGGUGUGGAGCCGCUGGCCAUCGGUCUGAUCAUCACAGCCAUCAGUGUGUCCAUGGGACUCAACUGUGGUUACCCCGUGAACCCUGCUCGAGACCUGGGACCCCGGCUGUUCACAGCACUGGCUGGGUGGGGGAUGGAGGUCUUCAGUACUGGAGACAACUGGUGGUGGAUCCCAGUGGCAGGGCCCAUGGUGGGAGGCGUGGUCGCCGCCAUGAUCUACUUCCUGCUUAUUGAGCUGCAUCAUCCCCGCGAUGACACCGAAAAGGCCCACGAGGAGGAAGAGGAGGAGGAGGAGGAGGAAGAGGAUGAGGACAGCAGUCUUAAGGACAAAUAUGAGAUGAUCACCAUGAGUUAGGACGACACCAAGACUCAAAUUUGACUGGUUUUACCUGUCAGCCCGACAAGGAACGACCAGCAGGACCGACUCACUCUCAUUAUUAGCCGUAGUUGCACUUCAGGUUGAGUUUGUGCUCUCCAGAGACACAGUCACACCAACAAAGGUCACUUUUCUAAUUUUCAGCAGAAAAUCUCCACAGACGUUUUGCUGCACGCUGUGGAGUAAAUAG